UGUCGAUAGCCUGCCGCUCUCGCGAUCGUGCAUGCUUUCCGCCCUUUUAAAACAAAAAAAUAUGUACAUGAAGGCCAAAAAAGUAUAAACAAAAGUCUUUUUUUUUAAGUUUAUAAUUUAUGUGAAAUCACUCUAUCUAAAAAUAGAUCAGUUGUUAAACUACUGCAUAAAGGUGAAGUGUCAGUGAAACAUAAUUUAGUGUCACUUUGAAUUUAAGAAACAAAAAAACCAGAACAAAAUCGGUUUUGUUACUUAAAAAACAGUGAGUGUAUGGUGAAAGUGCAGAAUAAAUAAAUGGUUUUUACAGGAAGGGAAGAGCAGGGUGGAAAGGAAAGUAAAGACUUGCAGUGGUUUGUUGUCAUUUAAGAGUUUCAAUCCUGACACCCUGUUACUUCCACGUGUUUAUGACUCGAAUCCAUCAUUGGUGUGUUUACGAUAUUUCACUCCUGGACUUAUAUUUUCAGGAGCCAUUGAUCCGACAUGCAGGGGAAAGAGAUAUUAUCCCUUUCCUAAGUUCUCACGAUCAGCCAACCGCGAAGACGAUCUUUUCACUCUUAUAUCUCCUAAGCACGAGCAUCCGCGGAUCAGGGGCAGUGUUAAACGAGUGUUAAAACGAUCCUUAAAGGUGCCACCUCUUUCGCCAAGCUAACGAAAAUUGUUGUAUAAAUCAUCAACUUGGAGACAGAUUAGUAAUUUUUAUUAGACGAGACAAUUAUGAACAAACAUAACUGAUAAGAGGGAAAAAAGUGAAACGAGGUCCUUCUUCUUCCAAAUUUUCCACUCCUAGAGAUGUAAGUUCUUCAGAAACUAAAGAUGUUGGGAGUGGAGAACCAGGAUGGCUCUCCAAAAAGGAGGUCCACCUUCUACGUCUCCUUAGACGGCGAGUCCCGCCAAGUCACAAAACUUCCAAAAACCGUCUCCCUGGAUCCCGAUAAAUACUCCUGCAACACCUUUCCUAUAGGUACGACCAAAAUACCCAACGCACACUUGACCCGAACUAUGAGCAAUCAUGAUACCUUGACUAAUGGUGUUGCUGAGAGAAAAUGUGGGGUCGAGUCUCGUGGCAAGGUUCAGUCUUUGACGAGGAUCUUCGAGGCUUCGAAAGAGGAGGGCCCCGAGCAGAAGAAGAAGGUGGAGAGAACCAGGUCCUUCAAGACGAUAGAGAGGUUUCAGAGCCGGUUCACCGGGCGGAAAGAUGCUGGGAGAAAGGACAACAGACUGAAUAACACUAUACCCGGUAUCGAAACUGAGAAUAGUGAAGCUAGGCGAAAAUCUAGAAACGAGGACAAAUGUAAAAAUGAUGAAAAGUGUAGAAGUGAAGAGAAGUUUAGUAGUGAAGAGAAAUCUAGGGAUGAAGUUGAGAGGAGGGCAAUGCCGAAGAUCAAGUCUAGGACGAGGGAGUCUAGGUCGAUUCUUGAGCAGACAGUUACGAAGCAACAUAACAAUAAUAAUAAUAUUACCUUUGCAAAUCUGAUAAGAAGGACUCAUAGUACGAAGUUAACUAGAAGCACUAGUGCUUUGGUGAGGCCAGCAAGGCACAACACUACUGGUAGCAGUGGUGAUGACAAAGCCAAUCAUGUCGAUUUCAGCGGUGAUAAUGAGAAGGAACUCCUUGAGGAUUCGAUUCUCCGGAACGAGUGCCCGGAAGGAUGUGCUUUCGCAGAAGCCGACAUCGAUGGCGGCGUUCAUUCAGACACCUCAUAUGAAAAGGCUUGCAGGAGAGGAAGUGCACCAGCUACGCCUGUACUGGGAGCGCGACCACUUGAUGUCACCCCCAAUCGAAUUGUCAACUUCUUCUCGAAGAGGUCGUUCCGGUCGAACCCUCUGAAGAGGACGAAAAGCGUGACGAAGCUAGAAAGGCAAAAGCAACGUGGUGCUGGUCUCCGGGGUUGUCGGUCGCACGAAUCUCUUCUAUGUGGCCAGGCCGUGACCUCGAUGGACCUUGCCGCGGUCACACCAUUGCACCCAAGUCUUCUUGGUCGACCUCAUUGUUUUCAGGUCACACCCAGCAACGGAGGACCAAAAUAUUUUAGCUGCAGAACUGCCCAUGAGCGGGAGCAAUGGCUUCAAAGUUUGCGAAAAUCGGUCCAGCCCGAUGCAGAGCAAACACGAAGGACGGACAAUUCUUUGCAAAUAUGGCUUUUGGAGGCAAAAGGCGUGCCCGCCAAAAAGCGAUAUUUCUGCGAGGUGUGUUUAGACAGUACAUUGUACGCCAGGACCACUGCGAAGCUGAAGGCAGAUCUCUGCUUUUGGGGCGAGCAUUUCGAUUUCCACCACCUGCCCUCUGUCAACACCAUCCAGGUGAACCUCUAUAGAGAGGCAGACAGGAAGAAGAAGCGGGAUAAGAACGUGUUGAUCGGGUCUGUGAGCAUUCCAGUCCACAACGUGACCUCUCGAUAUCUCACUGAAAAAUGGUACACCGUUGUCGGCGAAAAGGGUCCACUUAAAGAUCCACCGGCUCUUAGAGUAAAAUGCCGCUUCCAAUCGGUUGACAUUUUACCGGUCCAGGUUUACCAAGAAUUCCUGGAGUACCUCAAGACUGAUUACGCUUCGCUUUGCGAAAAAUUAGAACCAGUGAUUGGCGUCAAGGCCAAAGAGGACAUUGCCACAGCUUUGGUUGCUGUCAUGCAAAGAGAAAAGAAGGCUCCUCAGUUUCUUGCUGAUCUUGUCAUGAUGGACAUUCACAGAAUAGAUGAUGAGAGACUGACGUUUCGAGGGAACUCAUUGGCUACGAAGGCAAUGGAAGCUUAUUUGAAGCUAACUGGUGAUCGCUAUCUUCAAGAGACCUUAGGGGCUGUAGUGCGUGGCGCCGUCGAAGGAGGUGAUUGCGAGGUGGAUCCUAUGAAGGUCGCCUCGGUAGCCGCUCUUCACAAGCAGCAGCAAAAUCUUCGAGCCGCAGUCGAACUCGCCUGGAGCAGAAUUCUCUCCAGUCACGCCCAUUUUCCUCUAGAGCUCCGUGAAUGUUUCCGAAUCUUUCGCGAAAGAUUGGCGGAAAUGGGCCGCGAGGAUAUCGCGGACAACCUAAUUUCUGCAUCCAUCUUCCUCAGAUUUCUCUGUCCCGCUAUUCUCAGUCCGUCUCUCUUCAAUAUUACACAUGAAUAUCCGAAUGAGAAGGCGGCGAGGAAUCUAACAUUAGUGGCGAAAACCUUGCAGACUCUCGCAAACUUCACGAGGUUCCAAGGCAAGGAGAACUUCAUGGAAUUCAUGAACGAUGUCCUCGAAAAGGAAGCUCCAUCGAUGAAGAAUUUCUUGCAGUUGAUAAGCAGUCCACUCCCCAAAGAUACAUCAGCUCACAACUCGCUCGAGUUCGAUGGCUACAUCGACUUGGGAAAGCAGCUUUCCCUUCUCCAUGCUCUUCUCCGAGAGAGUGUAGCUGCCACCACAUCAACAUCUCCAUCCUCUCCACCCUCUCGCCUUCCCGAAAUUUUGGACAAGAUCUCCGCAGCCUUGGACCAACCCGGCCCAAGUCCCGUCUCCACACUCCAUCGCUAUCCGAAUCUCCAGAACAACAUCUUUCGCUACAACGACCCGACGAUCGCGAACAGCAACUCGAAUCUUUCAAUUUCCGCCACGUCGACCUUGAGCAACCACAGCACCCUCAACGGAACAAUCAGGGACAGCAAUGAAAUUUUGCAGACAAACACUCUAGGACACAAUAGUUCCAGGAGUCCCAACGUCAUCCGGGCGGCAACUCUACCGAGAAAUGCCUACUUGCCGAACAACGGUAAACUGCAACUGCAGAUAAACACUGACGACUAUCCUCUAGAACCGCCUGCUUUCGUUUCCCGAUCACCAACUCCGAUCACGAGACAACACAGGCCUUUGAUCACCAAUCGCCCUGGAGUCGGAUACAGACUGACUGCGAGCGCAAGUCUCGCUAACGUUAAUCACUGCCAAACUCAUCCAACAAGUCCCACUAGGUCGGAAAGUCACAGCAACUUGAAGGAUUCGAACUACAAUUUAACCAACGCUCAGGGCAACCAGACGAACAACAUUUCCCAGCAUCACAGGCACAACAUCACGAGGUUACAGAAUCUGGAGUUACAUGAUCGGAGCGAUGAUAAUUAUAAUCACAACUACAAUGUUUCGAGAUCAGCGAGCCGGAAUCAUUUCCACAACAAGGAGGAAAAUGCGAAUCAAACCCAGCAACAGAAUUACAACAAUGUUUCGAAGACGACUGUCAACGCCAACGUUGUCGUCAAUCCUUCCUCGAAUCUCACUCUUUCGAUCAACCAUCAGCCGAAUAACAAUUACAAUCAUAGUCAUGCGAAGAGUUCCAAUCCUGCUAAUGGGAAUCUUGACGAACUUUCGGAUCUUCUCCGAUACGCGGAUGAUGAGGUCUCGGAAUCCAAGUCUCAGAAAGGAUCGCAAAUCUCGAUUUCUCAGCUGAGCAAUGUGGCUUCUUCUGGCUACCAGAGCUUCGCGGCUUACAGUCAGAGCUCCAGUCCAGUGGAUCUCAGUAGUAAUAAUGCGAACGCUCAUAUCAUGAGCGCGGCACCUUUAGCUUUCGCGAAUCCCGUUUAUCACAUGGAGUCGAAUCACGCGAGGACGGGAAGAAGAGGAAGUAGCAGUUCGGAGGAGCGGGAGCGGGAGCGGGAGAGGGAGAGGGAAAGUGGUGGCGGUGGUGGGGUUGGUGUUGAGUGUGUAAGAGGUGUGGAUCUUAGUCCUUCGCCGUCUCCGCAGCAAAAUGUGAGGAAUGUGAUUCAGAGGAAUGGGCAGAACCAGUGGAGACAGGCGAAUAAUACGGGACAUCGGACGAAUGCUGAACAGACGCAGAAUGUUUGUUGCACCAAACUCAGGAGGCGAUUGUCUCUCGAUUCGACGAGGGAUCUUUCGGACACGAGCGAAGAGGAAAACUGCGCUACGAGGAGGAGCAAAUCCCGCAGUCACCGGAGCAUCGAUCAAUACGAGGUGGAAAUUGAAAGGCUACAGAACAACGUAGAUCGCCUCCGAGCGCGAUUGGCUACGACUGAUGAUACCGACUUAGACGGAAUAGCACCUGAUACCAAAAUGAAGAGCAUCAUCUCCAGGUUAAUCUCUGUGGAGGAGGAACUUCGUCGCGAGCAGCAGAAGAUGUCGGCAGCACUGUCGUACAAACAGCGCGUGAUCGAUGCGCAGGAACAGCAAAUAGCUGCUCUGGACGCAGCGAACAAUCGCCUUUUGUCGUCGAAUACAAGACUGUUGUCCGCAUUAACCUCCCUCAAGCAACGCUACAACGCCAAGGCUCAACCCAAUAGUGAAGCUUCAUCUCUUCUUCAAAAUAUCGCCGAUAUCGGAGAACUCAAAAGCUCCUCCUGUUGAACGAAGAAGAAAAUUCAAAACUCAAAAGAAGAGUCUCUUCCUCAAAGAGAAUAUUCCACUGGGACUCGCUCUGGAUUCAUUAAUUUCUGAGUUCACAAAGUCAGAAUUUUCAUUAGAGGGACGUCAUGAAUUUAAUCAAUUUCUUCAAGUUCAUAUUUACAGGCUUUUGAAGAAUGAUUGAUACUUUUGUUUCCUUGGCGCAGAAAUCUCUUUUGUUAACUAGGUUUAUUUAACCUACGAAUUUUUGGACCAUCAUGGCUUAAAACCGAUUUUACUCUUCAAUUUUGAAGAUAUUUUUAGUUUCUCUUUCAUUUUAUUUUUCUCUUUAUUUUUUCACGACGAUUUUAAGCCAUAGGAAAACAGUUUAGAGGCUACCUAUGUUUUAUAGGCACAAAAGAUAAGUAGCUAGAAUUUUUAUCAAUUAGGGUAAACUAGCACGUAUCGAUCGGGGCAAAAGAACCUUCCAUAUCCUUAUAAAUUUUCGUUUUAUGUGGUAUUUAGUGGAAAAUUCCCGUCGAUAGUCUAGAGAAAAAGUAAUUGACUUGAUGUAAAUGAGAGAAAUUUUUCUCUUGGGAAUCGACAAGUAUCAAAGAUUGUAUAUAUACACAGUAAACGCACAAUCACUGCAUGACACAAUACUUAGGAUAAUAAUGAAACCCUUGAAUCUCCGCAUAUUGUACUUCAUACUCUAAAAAGAUUGAAGUCUCGAAGCGCAUUUGUAUUGGCAAUCUUCGGAGCGAGUCCUCAAGUGAAUUCAAGCUUGAUAAAUACUUAAAUCGGACUCGACAAAAGCGAAUAUACUCUAUGCGAUAAUAUUUAUUUAGUAGUUGCUACCAAAGAUGAAGAUUUUUUGAAUUGUAUAAAUAUGUAAGAUAUUUCGUUGACAGCCUGUGUCGUCCUUCGUUUUUCGGCCCGAUAUUUACCAGUUUUACAUUUUAAAAGAGAAGGAUUCAUCUUUCCUAUUCUUUAUUUUUAUUUAUUUGUACAAAAUAGAAAUUCCAAUUGAGCUUUUAUUUUUACUCUUAAAUCGAAAAAGAUUUAGUUUUGUGAAUAAAUACCGGGCCUUUUGCAAAGAAAUGAAGGAGGAGUUUUGACCUCGGAUUCUUUUAAGUUGGACACAGUGCAUACCGCAUGACAAUUAUUAGUUAUUUAACGUACUCACGUUUCACUGCUGUUUUACGUUUUACAUCACAGCAAUUGUUAUAAGUUUGCUAUGGUAGCCAUUAUCGUACAAGGUGUGAAUCUCGCAAGGUUUCGUGAGUAUGUGUGAGUGAAAGGAAAAAGUGAGGAUGAUUACUGUAGUUUGUAAUAUCCCAUUAAAAGUAUUAUUUCGUCGACUUGUACAAUAGGACGUUAUUUCUGAGGAAAUUUGAUCGAUAGUGUUUUUUUUUUUCUUUUUUUUUUUUUUUUCGUCGCGGAUUAUUCUUGUAUAGUAAAAAAUACCGGUCCUUUCCCUUUUUUGUACUUUUGCCAACGCUCCACGAGCAGGCGCGAUUUAUCGUUCUUGAAAUUAUCGGGAGCGAGCCGCGUUAUAAAAAUUAAUAUAUUAACGCUACCCGUCGUCGAAAGAUGUAAUCGAUUAAGAUUAUAUAUAUUCUAUUUAAAAAGAUCAAUCAAUAGUAUGUACAUUACUAAGUUUCGUAUAUUCUCUUUUUCUGUAAUAGAAAUCUUGUAUUUAAGCGUGUAGCGAUCACUGGUUCUACGUGAACAAAUAAAUAUGAUUAGACAAA